CAACCCCAAUUUUGCUGCUGGACUCAAAUCGAGGAUCCGUAUUAAAAAAUGAGUCGUCCAGUAGGAAAAAACUCAUACGUCGCGAUGUAUUCAAGCAAACCUGUUCCCUGUCGUUGUUUUCCCGCCAUAUCUGAAAGAGGCGCCUGAAAAGCAGAGAGGCAAACGAGCAAAACCCUAGCUCUCCCAUGCACGAUCCAUGUCUCCCUCUGCAACGCCCAAAUCUCCACCUUCUCUCUCUACCAUUUCCGAAAAUGGCGAAAAUCAUCUCCGGACGUUCUUCGUUCUUCACAGUGCAUUGCCUCGAAAGCCCGAGCAAAAAUCUCCGGCACCUGGUAAAACCAGAAGGAAGGUAGAUUUAUCUCCAGCGUCUCCCAAACCAAGUGAGAAACCCGAGCCUGAUCUUUCCAACGAGGAAGAUGAUCGUCUAUAUGAGCAGCUGCGGAUCGAAGCUUUUGAUCUGGUCUGGUCGAAGAUCGAGACUGCCAUUAAGGGCAUUUUGAGGCAGAUUAAUAUCAGCUUCUUCAAUGAGAUACACCAUUGGGUCUGUGAAUCUUUUGACACAAUCAGAUCCUCCACAACGCAUGGUUUCCCUGGAAUGAAGCAACCAUAUCACCUUGCAACUGACUACAUUUGCAAACAGAUAUUCACGGCUCUGAUAUUUACAAAGAAUAUUGAGUUUGUCGAUGAUCUUCUGACAUUUGAGGAGCUUGGUGUGCAUUUGAAGGCUCAGGGAUGUCAUGUGGCGAACCUUUCAUCGAUAGACUUUUCUGUCAAGAAUGGGAUUGGCGGUUGCCUUAGAAGUUUGCUGAGACAGUUAGUUGCAGUUACUCCUGAUGCAGCUGAUAUUUCUAUUUUAGCCGCUUGGUAUGGUGAACGGGAAAACUGUGACAAUCCCAUGGUCAUAAUCAUUGAUGACAUGGAACGAUGCAGUGGCACCAUAUUAGCUGAGUUCAUCAUGUUGUUGAGUGAGUGGACAAUCAAGAUACCAAUCAUUUUAAUAACGGGAGUUGCAACAACUAUUGAUGCCCCAACGAAACUGCUUCCAUCAAAUGCGCUGCAGUGCUUGCAGCCUUGUAAGUUCAUGUUGAGUUCCCCGACUGAGCGAAUGGAUGCAAUCAUCAGGGACAUUCUUGUAAAACCUUGUUGUGGUUUUGGAGUUGGUCAUGAGGUAGCGAUAUUCUUGAGGAACUAUUUUUUGAAGCAUGAUGGAACAGUAACUUCCUUUAUUAGGGCUUUAAAGAUUGCAUGCAUUAAGCAUUUCUCCAUGGAGCCACUGAGUUUCUUAGGCCAAGGCGAAAUUGGUGACAACAGUCAGGUAUUUUGGAAAAAGAAGUGUGAAAUGUUGCCUGAGGUGAUGCUUAAACAUGCUUUUGGUCUUCCAUCUUGUCAGAGGGAGGAAUUUAAUGAAAUGACGGUUGAUAGUUUGGCUUGCGGGCUGUCAGAAUUGAGGAGAUUGCAAAGGAACUGGAGCUCUGUGGUCAUGUGCCUAUAUGAAGUCGGCAAAUUUCACAAAAUGCACCUGCUGGACAUUUUCUGUGAGGCAAUCAAUCCAGCCCUCUGCAACUCAAGGGCGUCGGAUUAUUUCUUGGGAGGAAGGAAAGAUUUAAUGCCUUCAUCAGUUGAUCAGGGAUGCCAUGAUGGUGAAUGUUCUGGCCUUACAAAAGGAAGCUUUAUUUUUCAGGUGGCACGUAAGGUGAGGGAUCUUCCAAUGGGAUCACUGCCUCAACUGUUUAAGAUUUGGGCAAAGCACACUGAGGAAAUGGCUGAGAUCAAUCACAAAGUGAAAGAGCUGCAAUCAGCAAUGAGAUAUGAGGAAGAUGGCAAGAGUUUAAAACAUAAGGGCCUCGACUCACGCGAGAGGUCUACAUCUAGAUGCCGUUUGAAUGUGGAAAAAGGUACACCAUCAGUGAAAGAGAGAGCUGCUAUGCUGAUUGAGUGUAUGGUCAGGGAUUAUCUGAAACCAAUGGAGGUAACACCUUUUCACGAAAUUGUCUGCUUCAAGCAUGUUGCAAUACUGCAAUCAGCUUUAAUUGGAGAUCCAAGGAGAACGAUUCAGGUCGAUCUUCUCAAGUCCUACACCUAUCUCCAAUGUAGUUGCUGCAGCAAGGGUGGGAGUGUGUUGUUGCCGUCCACGCAUGAUACCUCAAUUAUGUACAAUUUGGCACAAGAGCAUGGGGAUCUUAUCAACCUUCAUGAUUGGUAUCAAUCCUUUAAAGCAACAGUCAGCUCAAACCCCAAAAGCAAACAGAAGAUGCAGCAGUCACCAAUGUCCAAAAAAAGAAAAGCUACUUCUGUGCCUAUGGAAUUAGAUGAAGCUUCAAUCCAAGGUCGGUUUUGCAGAGCAGUUACAGAGCUCCAAAUCACAGGGCUUCUUCGGAUGCCGAGCAAGAGACGUCCUGAUUAUGUGCAGAGAGUUGCUUUUGGACUGUAGCAGUUGAAUGGUAAAAGAAGGUUCGAUAUCUUUCUUUUUUUUUAAAAAAAACUUUAAAAAACUAUGCUAAUUUAGAAGCUCCAUCUUGUUUGAUUGGGCUUGUAAUUACUGAAAUGUUAGUUUUAUUCACAAAACAGAAUGUUGUAAUUCUAUCUUUUUUAAAACCAAAAAAUAGAAUUAGGAUGUUAUAGUGAAGGUCCAAGAACCAAUCCCUUUAAUUCUGAUUUUUACCCUCUUUCUGCACCA